AUGUCUUGUGCUUUAUAUAAUAAUCCUUAUUAUGGCCCCUCGUUUGGUCAUGAUCUUAUUGUAGAACCAGAACUAAGGUUAUCUUAUAAAUAUGGUUCUUAUUAUGAGAAAAGGUUAAGAGAUACUGAUG